AUGCCCUCCUGCAUCUGGGAUCUUGGGGGCUGGAGCCGGUUCCGGGAACUGAACUCGGGCCGAGAUCUCCCAGGGGCUGGAGCCGGUUCCCGGCUUCGGGGGCUGAACUUGGGCCGAGAUCUCGGGGGCUGGAGCCGGUUCUGGCGCCGGAGGCUGGAGCUGGCGUCAGGGGCUGGGCUGGGGCUGAACUGGGGCCAAGAUCUCAGGGGCUGGAGCCGGUUCCAGCAUCAGGGGCUGAACUGGGGCCAAGAUCUCAGGGGCUGGAGCCGGUUCCAGCAUCAGGGGCUGAACUGGGGCCAAGAUCUCAGGAGCUGGAGCCGGUUCCAGCAUCAGGGGCUGAGCUGGGGCCGAGAUCUCGGGCUGGAGCUGGUUCUGGUGGUGGGGGCUGGGCUGGGCCGGUUCCGGAGGCUGGGGCUGAACUGGGGCCGAGAUCUCAGGGGCUGGAGCCGGUUCCAGCAUCAGGGGCUGAGCUGGGGCCGAGAUCUCGGGCUGGAGCCGGUUCUGGUGGUGAGGGCUGAGCUGAGUCGGGCAGGCUCAGGCCUGGCUGCCCGUGACCUGAGGGACUCGGUUUCCUUCCCUGAAACACCUGUUGGGGGGCCCCCCCCCCGCUUCCACGUUCCCCCUCUGCUCUCAGCGCCCCGGGUGGGCGGGUGCAGCCCCCUGCUGAUUUCAUUUGCUCAUAACCCCCCCCCCGCCUCCCAGCACCUCUGUGGGGAUUUCCCAUCCCAGCCCCCCCUCUCCAGCCUGGCAGGGCCCCCCUACGAGGGCACCUCUGUCCAGGGUACCCCAGCGCCAGGUGCCUCUGUCCUCCUGCCCCCCGGUGCUGUGCACAGCACCUUCCCCAGGCGUAAAAUCCGGUUGCCCCCUCACUCCAGUGCGGCCUUAGGGCCCCCCUCAAAACCCUGCUGGGGGGCUGGUUUUUGGGAUGCCCCCCUAGCAGGAGAAUCCUUGUACAGAGCACUCACAACAGUACUGUAGUGGGGGAAGGAACUGGCCCCAUCUUCCACCCCCCCCCCCCACCGCUAUUUCUUCUCUCCCCCCACCCCACACACACUUUGUACUGUAACUAACUUAAUCCUGUUUGUAAAGCGAUGUGUGUUCUCAGGUAUUGGGGGGCCUGUAUGGGGGCCGACCCCUUCCCUAGCAGCCGUGCCCCCGCUUCAGCCCACUAAUAAACUCUUGGGGGGGGGGACAGUGGGUGGCUCCCCGAUUUGCCCUGAAUGUCCCUCUGCAGCCACCAGCUUGGGGGGGUUGGGGGUUGCCAGGAACUUUGCAGGGGUGGGGGGGAUGCUGCUCCUAGCUGUGAUGUGGGGGGGGGGGGCAGAACAAUGGUUCCUGGGUUAGGGCCCCCCCUGCCCCCGAAAGGCUGGUUUGGGGUGUGGUGGAUGAGAGGGGAGUAGCUGGCAGGAUCCCGCUCCCAAUGCUGCUGGGGGCUCUUAGCACGUCUGGAGCUGCCCCCGCCCCCCCGGCACCCACCCACCAGGCUGGGAUCUCUCGGCCCUUUGAACCUGGGGGGCUGAGCCAGGAGCAUUCGGGGGGGUUGGGGCAGACGCAUGCGCCGAUGAAUGGGGUGGGGGGGCAGUACUUGAAAUGAUUGGGGGGUGGAGUCAGGGAGUAUGUGAUGUCAUGGAUGGGCGGUGCUAAUAGGGCAGGAAUGGUGAUGUAAUGAAUUUGGGGGUUGGGUGUGAUGUCACGGGUGGGGCGGGGCUAUUAGGAAGGGACUGAUGUAAUGGAUUUGGGGGUGUGAUGUCAUGGGUGGUGAUGUAAUGAAUUUGGGGGUUGGGUGUGAUGUCAUGGGUGGGGCGGGGCUAUUAGGAAGGGACUGAUGAUGUAAUUAAUUUAGGGGAAACAUAAUUUUAACCUCUUCUCAUUCCGAUCCCUGUUCUGUGCCCCUCCCCCCCCAGCGUACCUCAUCCCCUCCCCCGCUGGGGGCCCCCACGCUGCCCCCCCCCCACGCACUGACUUUCUGCCUAGUAUCCUGUGUCCACGUACUGUCUCUGGGGUGUCCCCCCCACCCCGGCUAGUGGCUGCGCCCCCUGGAUCAGAACCGGGGGGGGGUCAGCCAGAGGGAGGGGUCCGUAGUGGGCAGAGAUCCCCCCUCCCACCCGUAUGGGGGCCUCGGCUGCCAGUGCCUCUGGACUCUGUUUUUUUUUAUAUCUCUUUUGUAUUUCUACUCUGUGAUCAUCACCCCCCGCACCCAUUUGUCUG